AUUACCGCAGAAGUUGGGUUGACUUCUGCACCUGUGAUUAAUGCCGCUGGUGUAUUUAGCCGCGACGGAUGGCUCUUUGGAGCUGCAGCUAGCUUCGAUACUGCGACAAAUAAAGUGCGUUUACCAGAUUUCACUGAUUUGGAUUAAAUCCGACUUUUAGCU